CACACGAGUCGAAACUAAACACUAGAUCGGAACAAAACGCACGCGUUGCACAUACACAAGAGAACAGCACUGGUCAAAAUGUCUGCCUCUGAACUUGCUACUAGUUAUUCAGCUCUCAUUUUGGCUGACGAGGGUAUUGAAAUUACUUCUGACAAGCUCUUGUCUUUGACCAAGGCUGCCAAUGUCGAAGUUGAACCCAUCUGGGCUUCCAUUUUUGCUAAGGCUCUUGAAGGCAAGGACCUUAAGGAACUUCUCUUGAACAUUGGUUCCGGUGCCGGUGCUGCUCCCGUUGCUGCCGCUGCCCCUGCUGCUGGUGAAGCUCCUGCUGAGGAGAAGAAGGAAGAGGCUAAGGCCGAAGAAGAAUCUGACGAAGACAUGGGUUUCGGUUUGUUCGACUAAACGUUGUGCUUCCCAAUACCAGUCUAGCUUCUUUCUCUAAAAAAAUUCGAUUUGAUUUACCUUCAUCUAUAAUGUAGGGAGAAGAUUUAGUAAGUCCAAUCAUCCUUUUAAAUUGUAGUCUGAGUUAAAGUAGACGACUAAUGAUUCCAUUAAGCUAUUCGAUAUAUUUUGAUUAUA